AUGUCUGCUACCAACAACUUUACUGCCACUUCUCCUUCUGAUUCCGAUAUCUAUGAAUUGAAGUUCCAAUUUUUCGGUGCUGGUCGUUCCCUUCCUACUGGUAAUGGUAAUGGCGACUCAAGCUCUGAGGAUGAGUCCAUGGGCCAUGCUCGCAAGCGUGUUCGCCAUGCUUUACCUGAAAGUAGCGACUCUUCUUCUGAAGGUUCUCUUUAUGAGCCUUCCUCUGGUGAGUCUGACAGCGACUCUGGUUCCUCUUUGGAGGAGGACACCGAUUUUGUUCCCUCUGGAACUGAAUCCAACCAUGACUCUCGUUCCCGUGAUGGUGAGGCUUCCGGUAACGUCCAUCAAGGCACUUCCCUCGAAGACCUUGAACGUAUCGGCUUUGAGGCAUUUGUUGACAGGUGCUUUGCUUCAAAGUCGUUGAAGUCUCGCCUCAACUUGGUUCUUAAUCGUACGACUGCUACCGGAAGCAAGUUGCUAGUGGAUCUGGAGUCUGAGACCAGGGAUGUUCGGGUUGAUACUGGGUAUGUCCACAAAACUAUUGACGCCAUUUCUGUGGGCAAGUCCGAAACCAUUCACGAAGUAACUGGUCUUCGCCACCUUUUGGUUUUCAACCCGGACUAUAGUGACAAGCUUAAUGGCAGAGAUUAUGGGGUCUACCAUUACUGUCAGCGUGAAUGGGAUCAAGCUCUACACGUUGACAGUGACUCAGAAAGCAACUCGUCCUUGUCAUCUUUAGAUUCAACAGAUUAUGCCCCGUUGUUGGUCACCAAGAUACCCCAUGUGUUGUUUUCGGAGAGUGAUAACUACGGGCACUUCAAGACAUAUCUUUUUUUUCCUGGUCUCCACCAUCUUAAGGUCGUAAACCAACUUCCAGCAAGUUCCUACUUAGAAGCAUCCUCCUACCGCGAAUUUAUGGAUAACUACUUUUUGCCAGCUGCCAAGGAGGUACUACAUCCAGCUGUUUUCAACAAACUACCUGGUAAUGCCUAUCUUGGUAAUAUUCGCAGUAGGGUUGAUACCCAAGCACAAUGGAUACCCAUUUCAAGUCUUAAUGACAUUAUACCCAAGACUCGUGAGCUGGCCACUGGUGUCCGUGACUUCAAGGACUUCUUCUUCGUAUCAGUAUGUUAUGGCUGCAAGCAGGAACUGACUUCUUUUGACCUCAAUACCUUGCCUUCAACAGGCUUCGUGGACGUUGGUUUUGACUUUUGCACAUCUUCAAAAACGCAUGGCCAUGUGUUAUUCUAUAAUAACACUGCAAGCGGCCCUCUGCGCGAUACCCUCCUCAAGCCCAUCUUAGGUCCGAAUACCCAUGGUAACCUCCAUUUUUAUCCCCAAGCCCUCUCAUCAACCUUUGGUAACUUCUCUUCUGCUGUCUACUCCACCACAAACAUCCGCGCAAGUAAAAUCCUGGGCUAUUCCGACCUCAAGAACCACUUUAUCUUGCACCGAAAUGUCAUAUUCGGUCGCAAUGGUAAAGUGUUAUCACCUGUCGCAGCGUCUAAGGGUGGAAAAGCGCUCUGUAACUAUACCGUCAAUAAUAGGGUGGUCCUCAAGGGUAUAGGCGCUCAUAACCAUACGUUGCGACUUGAAGUACGUAUCCCCACCUCUUCCGCCACUCCUGAACAACUUUAUACCCUGUUUGCCAACGUUUGUGAGGCCGUUGGUAAACGACAAAAUACCAUUAUUAUACCCAACAACCAUUAUAUACGAUACCUCUUAACAUGCAAUGAUACCAUUGAGGACAUGAUUCAUGAACUUGGCCGACGAUUAACUAAACGCAACUUGUCUGGCAUCCUUAUUUUAACAUAUUUUUUACUAUCACUAACAUCAGCACCACCAAAUACCCUUCCAUCAGAUACCCGCAACCAAGAACAUCAUAGCUGCAAACUUAUACCCACUGUGCUCGAUCAAUAUCGAUGUAAACAUAACAGAUUGUUCUUUAUACCCAAUCUUUUCACUUAUACCAACAACACAGUUGAAUGUAAUUACACCUUUAACGAUACUGUAUUACAGAAAUUCUUCCCAGAUUAUAAGCUUAUAAGCAAUAUACCCUUUACACCAGCAGCAUCACGACCUUCAUCAUCAUCAUCAUCAUCACAACCAUCAUCAUCAAAACCAUCAUCAUCAUCAUUACCAACAAUACGCAUAGUGUCAGCUUUAGAUCUAUUAACGGCAAGAACACCCAAGUACCGAUCUGAGAACCUUUCCAUCAGAGAACAUUAUAUUGUGCAUACUUCCAACGAUACCUCUGACUUUUAUGUCAAAGAAAUGAUUCGUCUGAUACGAAACUUUGGUAUGGGAUUCUGUUCUGCACAGGAGGCAGUUGUGAUGAUUUUUGAUGAAUAUUGGAAGAAUAUACCCACCAACAUUUACAAUACCCGGCCUUCAACCAAAUUCUUUUUAAGGCAUCCAGAAGAUACCCAACACCAGUACGAAUCUCGUUAUCUGAAUAUCCCACUAAACAUAUUAGACGCACGACCAAACAACAAAACUAUACCCAUGGAUCGACGUCUCAAAUACCUUAUACCCUUCAUCACACCCGAUACCCCAAAAGAUACCAUCGUAAAACUCAUUCAUCAGCAACCGCAUGCAGUCUUAGGCUGUAGAGCGGUAUUACUUUCAUUAUACCUACGAUACCCCCAUUCAACAGUUAAACGAUAUUACGACUUUAUAUAUACCAUCAUCAACGACAGUUUCAAAUAUACCCCAAUCAUCCCAAAAGAUCGACUAUAUUACAAUUAUCUCACAUUCUAUAAAACGUUAAGCUAUCCUCGGGGUGAACCCGGUUUUGCAAACUUUCCAUUUGGUCCUAACUGCACCCCAUUUUUCUCGACCUAUGCCAUCAAUUGUAACAUUUUCCAAACUUUGAAGAAAUUCCUAACGUUUGUCUCUUACUCUUGUGCCUACUCUAAGUUAGACGAAUGGUCAGACGUGGUAAACUGGCGGUUUAAUAUAAAUAUUAUCUCUUCUAUGCCCACAAAAUGCAAGGAUACUAGCAUUCUGGACAAUUUCGCUCUAAGGUAUUUAGUUAUCAAAUGUCUUUACUUUACAUCGACAGUUGACAAAAGUAUUUCUGGUGGUAAAAACUGGGUUGAUAAUGACUUUAUGGCCAAUUUUGCUGUACCCACCACAGAAAGCUGCCAGUAG